UGUAGCGUACAACAUGUCUGAUGAAAGUCAUCAAAAUCUAACAAUCAAAGAUCUAACAGACAGAGAUGAGAAUGUUUACUGCUGCAGAAAGAAUGGAGACGACCCAAUAAACUGCUGGUCAGAGGGCAUCAAACUCCAUGUAGCAGACCUGCAGGUGAAGGUGAUUCCCACCACAGACGGACAGACAGUAGCACUGAUAUGUAGCAGCAGCUGUCCUCUGACUGAAGAGCCUGCAGUCUACAUCUGGUACCAGAACAGAGAGGUCCUCUAUCAGGACUGGUCUCCCUGGUACCAACAGCUGGUCAGCAGUGAGGAAGCAGUCAGAUACUCCUGUGCUAUCAAAGGCUACGAGGACCUCAGAGCCCCUGAAGUCUCAGUGGAUUCUGUCACACGGAGCUGCUUUAAGGUGACCUAUGCUAAAGGGACAAUGUGUUCUAAUAAGCAGACAUCAGAGGAGGAGCCCUGCUCCAUCACAUAUCCAACAGAAGUACAUGUUCAAAGGACUUUUGGAGCUGAACCAGGCCGGAUCACACUGAAGUGUAACACCAACUGUCCUCUAACUGACUCAGAAACUUCCUAUAGGUGGUACAAAGGUGGAUAUUUAUACGAGAACAUUAAGAGACAACAGGCUACAGUUCCCCGCUCCUCUAAUGAAACAUUCUCCUGUGCUGUAAAAGGAAUCGAGGAUCUGCACUCUGCUGAAGUCUGUCUCGAUGAUCCGAACUGCUGGAGUAUUAAUUAUGUCAGCAGGAGAAUCUGUGCUCUGGAAGGUUCUUCAGUCAACAUCUCUAGUGAAUAUUCUAAUCCCAACAACAAGAAACCAAAAUCUAAAUCAUGGUUUAAAAUAAAGAGAAGUGUGAAGAAAGACGUUGAAGAGCCAAUUAAAGCUGAAGGUGGUGUGAAGUAUCAUGACAACAUGAAGAACCAACACAUCCUGACAAUCAGUAACCUGAAGAAGGAUGACUCAGCAGAAUACACAUUCAUACUCCAAGAUGACAAAAGAUGGAAACGGUCUGAUUCACCUGGAGUCACUCUGGUUGUCACAGGCCUGAAAGUGGAGUUGAGUCCUUCUGCAGUGGUGACAGAGGACCAGAGAGUCACACUGACCUGCAGUACCAGCUGUCCUCUGACUGACAACACAAACUACAUCUGGUUCUUCAACAGUCGACCUCUGACCCCGACAGAGAACCACAACAAACACCUGGUUCUGGACCCGGUCAGCAGUCAGCAUGCAGGAAGCUACGCCUGUGCUGUCAGAAGCCACAACAACAUCAGCUCUCAUGUAAAGACUCUCACUGUCCAGAGUAAAAGAGGACAAUGGACACCAGCAGCAGCUGCAGGAGUCUGUGCUGCUCUCCUGGUUAUAAUACCCCUCUCUGUCUUCUGCUGGAUCAGAAAGAAGAGGACUUCAGGUCAACCUCCAACAAAUGAAACCUCAGUCCACAUGGAGCAGUUAAACCCUGGUCCUGUGUUUGAGGACGUCUCAGCUCCACCAACAGAUCAGAAUGAUCUGGUCUACAGCAGAGUCCUCUUCCCUCAGAACCACACAGAUCCUCUCUACAGCAGAGUCCACUUCCCUCAGAACCACACAGAUCCUCUCUACAGCAGAGUCCGGCCACAUCCAGAUCCAGAACAGGAUCAGGUGCACUACGCUGCUGUGAACUUCAGACCCAACAGGACCGCUGAGUGAACAUCUGUUGUCUUUACUGAUGAGUCCCUCUACUUUGUCACCUUGCUCAUGAGGACGAGUAACAGUGUUACAUAUCAUCUAUAUUAUUUUCUCCAUCUGAUAAACUGAGAGCUGCAGACCAGACAUCUCUGGUCUAAACACACAUUACCCAUGGACCUUGCUUAAUACAUAUAUUUAUAAUUGAAUUCAGCUAUUAGCUUCAGUGUGACGCAGUAACUUAGAUGGCUCAGCUCACAGCAAACAGUAAUAUGUUAGAGAGGCAACUUAGUUUAACUUGUAUUUUUUCCUGAUGGGUUGUUACACAUGAUGGUGUCCUCUCUUUUAGAGACUCUGUGGAUAGAACGUUGGUCAGGGUGUAAAAUGAUUUAAAAUGUACUGAUAUUACACGUGAUGUUUUAAAAUGUCUUCAAUUUGAACAUCUGUGCUGCUCUCCUGGUUAUCAUACUCCUCAUUGUCUUCUUUCUGGUUAGUUGAGCAACGCUGUCCUCAGUCCUCAUCAACUACAUUCAAUGGAUUAU